GGAAAAAGAAGAAGAAGAAGAAGAAAACCUAAUAAAUAGAGUAUCGGAUGGGAGAUUCGAAGAGGAAACGAGGCCGAAAACCGAAGCAACCAGCAGCCGAAGCACAGACGAACAAUUCAGGCACUACUUCCUCUAACGCCAUGGACAACGUUUUCUCCGUUAGCAACGUCGAAUUCGUUGACCCCGAUCCUCCCGCCGCUGACAAGGGACGUGGUGGUCGGGGUCGAAAAGCUGCAAAGCACUCCGACAAUGCUGAAACCUCUGUCGUCGCUUGUCCUACCAGGAGGACUUCUCGUGCCGCCGAAAACAAAGGCGACUGUGUACCUACCGUGUCGGUCUCCGGCGACGUCGUUAGGCAUUGUGUUAUUGAGCCACCGCCCAGGUGGGAAAAUGUUGCCAAGGUGGUUCCAUCCAUGGAUGCCGUCGUUAAGGUGUUUUGUGUUCAUACAGAGCCCAAUUUUUCUCUUCCCUGGCAGCGGAAGCGACAGUAUAGUUCCGGUAGUAGUGGUUUCAUUAUUGGUGAACGGAGGGUUCUGACGAAUGCUCACUCCGUGGAGCAUUAUACACAAGUUAAGCUCAAGAAACGCGGCUCCGAUACCAAGUACUUGGCCACUGUGCUAGCAAUUGGAACGGAGUGUGAUAUUGCAAUGCUGACAGUAAAUGACGAUGAGUUUUGGGAAGGCGUUUCACCUGUGGAAUUUGGGUCCUUGCCUGCACUCCAAGAUGCUGUCACUGUUGUGGGCUACCCAAUAGGAGGAGACACAAUUUCCGUGACAAGUGGUGUGGUGUCACGCAUAGAAAUCUUGUCAUAUGUUCAUGGGUCCACUGAGCUUUUGGGAUUGCAGAUAGAUGCUGCCAUAAACUCGGGAAAUUCUGGUGGACCUGCUUUCAAUGACAAGGGCAAAUGUGUGGGUAUUGCAUUUCAGUCCCUUAAACAUGAAGAUGCGGAGAAUAUAGGUUAUGUCAUACCAACCCCUGUCAUUAUGCACUUCAUUCAGGACUAUGAGAGGAAUGGAGGAUAUACAGGGUUUCCAAUUCUUGGAGUUGAGUGGCAAAAGAUGGAAAAUCCAGAUUUGCGAAUGGCAAUGGGGAUGAAACCGGACCAGAAGGGCGUUCGCAUCAGAAGAAUUGAACCUACUGCUCCAGAAUCUCAGGUUUUGAAGCCAUCCGACAUAUUACUCAGCUUUGACGGAAUUGAUAUUGCUAAUGAUGGAACAGUUGCUUUUAGACAUGGAGAGCGCAUUGGUUUUAGUUAUCUUGUUUCUCAAAAAUACACUGGAGAGAAUGCUGUAGUGAAAGUUCUCCGCAAUUCAGAAAUUCUUGAAUUCAGUAUCAAACUGGCAACUCACAAAAGGCUUAUCCAAGCACACAUCAAGGGAAAACCUCCUUCCUAUUAUAUUAUUGCUGGAUUUGUCUUUACAACUGUAUCCGUUCCAUAUCUACGGUCUGAGUAUGGGAAGGAUUAUGAAUAUGAUGCACCAGUGAAACUAUUGGACAAACACUUGCAUGCAAUGGCGCAAUCUGAAGAUGAACAGCUUGCGGUGGUUUCUCAGGUGCUUGUGGCUGAUGUCAAUAUUGGGUACGAGGACAUUGUCAAUACUCAGGUUAUUGCUUUCAAUGGGAAACCUGUCAAGAAUCUGAAGAGCUUGGCCGGCAUGGUGGAGAACUGUGAAGAUGAAUUUUUGAAGUUUGAUCUGGAGUACCAGCAGAUAGUGGUCCUCCAGACAAGGACUGCCAAGGCAGCGACACUGGAUAUUCUCGCAACGCACUGCAUACCAUCAGCAAUGUCUGAUGAUCUCAAGACAUGAUCUAGCAGAGUGGUGAAGGUGCUUGGAAUCGUUCUUUUGUAGAACCACCAAUUGGAGAAUAUAGUACUCAGUAGCUCUCGGCUGGUAGAAUCUUGGAAUUAGUCAAAAUAAGAAGGUAAAAUUA